ACUCACUCUCAUCCUCAAUUGCAAUACUCACAAGCUAGUACUCAAUACAGCCCCAAAAAGAACCAUCACUGCGAGCAGAGAAAAUGCAGCCCAAAAUAUUUCACUUCUCUCUCGUCCUUCUAUGCUUGCUCUCCGCCCAUUUUUGGGCUUCCAACGCCGCCGGCAACGUUGGCGGAACAAAAGUGGCCUCGUCCAAAGUACUUUCAGGCCCUAACGGGCCAUCCGAUACCCCAACCGGGGGUAGUGGUUCGGGCCAUGGUCCGAAUUGGGAUUACAACUGGGGAUGGGGUUCGAGCCCUGGAAGUGGUUGGGGUUACGGUUCGGGGUCGGGCCGGUCCCCAAAUGGUUUUGGGAGGGGUUUUGGGUUUGGUUCAGGUUCUGGGUCAGGGUCGGGGUCGGGUUCCGGGUCGGGAUAUGGAUCUGGUGGCGGUGGUGCUCGUGGAGGUGGCUAUGGAUCUGGAAGUGGUUCUGGUGGUCCUGGAGGUGGCAGUGGUGGUGGAAGUGGUGGUUCUGGCAAUCACUCGCCCUUGGUCCCCAGGGACAAGAACAACCAUGGUUGAGGAAACUGUUGUAGAUAAGUUUGUGUUUGCAAGUUAUAUAUGCAAUUUAAAAUAUAUCUAUCUAUAUAUAUAUAUAUAUAUUAUAUUAUAUAUAUGUUGCAUGGUGUGUAAUCUAUAUACUUGCGUUUACUAAUAUAUCCUGUAUUGUGCUACUAGUGCGAUUAUAAUAUGAGUUAUUGCACUUUUCAUAA